UAGCGUAAUCUCUCACAUUCUUUGUUUAUCUCUAUGAUUGUUUUUGUCACGAUAAUAUUUUAUAUUAUGCGCCAUCGAGUUUCGGGUUACGUUCUCUGUCCUCUAUAUAUUAGACCCUCUAGUGGCACGUAUAUUAUAGUGCACUAUAAACUGUACAUGACUGUAUACGUGCAGUCAACGCUUGGACGUGUUCUCAAUGCUCGGAUUUUGAUCGUUGUUGGAACUUUUGAGAUUUAUACCAUAUUAUACUAUUAUUCACAUAGUUGGUACGCACCCAGCCGCUUGAAUAAUGGUUUGAAAGUGACGGCUGCACCACAGCAUAGAGGAAUUGAUAUUAAUCAAUAAUAAUAUUCUUUAUCUGUGUGUGGCCACCGCACGAUGACGACGACGACGAUCGACGCUAGAAGAACGUACGCCGUGCCCAGCCUGUUCAAGUCGGCGUACCGAGCGUGCAAUCAGAUCCAGCGGCACGCUUACCGCACGGAUUACGCGACGCUUCCGCGCAUCGACUUGCAGCGCUGUUGCGAGUCACUGUUCGAAAUCUUGAAGCUGAACACGGAAAGCGGCAGUUUCGACCCGCACGGCGACAGGCGGUUCGUGUUCCGCAAGGUGCGGCGCGGCGUCGACGGCUACAAGUUCGGAGGCAUAUGCGAGACGGCCGCGCGUCACGGGCACAUCGACUGUCUGAGGUUGGCCCACGAAAUCGGCUGUCCUUGGGACGCGUCGACUCCCUCGGUCGCGGCCCUAGGCGGACACCUGGAGUGCCUGAUGUACAUGCACGAGAACAUGUGCAUGUGGGACGAACGCACGUGCAACAAGGCGGCGGGCGCUGGCCACUUGCACUGCCUCAGAUAUGCGCGCGAAAAUGGAUGCCCGUGGCACGAACUCACGUGUGCUGAUGCUGCGGCGGGUGGACAUCUGGACUGUCUGAAGUAUGCACACGAAAAUGGAUGUCCGUGGGACGAACAUACGUGCUUUUUGGCGGCCAUGCUGGACAAACUUCAGUGUCUCAUGUACGCUCACCAAAACGGAUGUCCCUGGGACAGGGAGUAUACCGAUCGGUUAUUUAUUAGUCGACGAUGUCUUGAAUACGCGUUGAACAUCGGUUGUCCAAGCUUUUGGUGGACGACCAACGCUGAUUAUAAUUUAUUUAAUUAGGUAUAAUAUAUUACGCUAUUGUUAUUACUAUUAAAACUGCCAAGUAGUUGUAAAAUAAUACGCAGACGCUUUAAAGCUGUCCGUGUAUUCGAUUCAUAUAAGCUCCAUUCAAAGUGAAUACUUUUUUACAAUAAAUUGUCACUGUCACAUUUGUAAGAAAAUACCAAAAUGGGUCCAUUUAGAUGAUCUUUUGUUUCAUUAUACCUAUUUAUUUAGCAUGUAGCUAUUUUGGCAACACGCCAACAGGUAUCAUCAUAUUACGCUAAUAGCUUAUUUUUUCAUUUUAAUAUUAAUUUAGUUCUUAAAUAUUUUGCAGGUGAAGGUAUAUUGUAAAUAUAUGUAUAAUGAAUAAAUAUACUUAACGAGUACAACUAAAUGUUAAUUAGUCUUCUUAA